AUGCUGCCUCCUGCCCAGAAUCAGCUCUCCCGCUCCUCCCCCUGGCGUUUCUCCUAUGAGCCCGGUGUGUGUGGGGCUGUCAUCCCUAUCUGCUGUUGCAUUGAGCUGUGUGGUGCAGUAGGAGAGCACCCAGGAGAAGCACUCCAUUGGCACCUGAGAAACGUGUGUUGCCUGCUGCUGACUUCUGCUGUGUUUUUCUCUUCACAGAGUGAUCGUCUCCUUAUUAAAGGAGGGAGAAUAGUCAAUGAUGAUCAGUCAUUCUAUGCUGACAUUUACAUGGAAGAUGGUCUCAUAAAGCAGAUUGGAGACAAUCUCAUUGUCCCUGGAGGGGUCAAAACCAUAGAAGCCAAUGGGAAGAUGGUGAUCCCUGGAGGAAUUGAUGUCCACACUCACCUGCAGAUGCCGUACAAGGGGAUGACAGCAGUGGAUGAUUUCUUCCAAGGGACAAAAGCAGCUCUGGCCGGUGGGACUACAAUGAUCAUGGACCACGUGGUGCCUGACCCCGAGUCCAGUCUGGUGGAGGCAUUCGAGAAGUGGCGGGAGUGGGCAGAUGGGAAGGCCUGCUGUGACUACGCGCUGCACGUGGACAUCCCCCGCUGGAGCCAGCGCGUCCGGCAGGAGCUGCACGCCAUGGUCCAGGAGAAAGGAGUCAAUUCAUUCAUGGUUUACAUGGCCUACAAGGACUUGUACCAGAUGUCAAACACUGAGCUGUAUGAGAUAUUCAGCUGCCUCGGAGAGCUGGGUGCCAUAGCUCAAGUUCAUGCUGAAAACGGGGAUAUAAUUGCACAGGAACAGGCCAGGAUGUUGGAGAUGGGAAUCACCGGCCCAGAGGGCCACGUGCUGAGCAGACCCGAGGAGGUAAGGCAAAGAUUAGUGCAUGGCAGAGCUUUUCUGAGGAGCUGUAGUAGGGUGUGUAUAAUACUUAUAUUAUAUGUGUAUAAGUCUUGUUCAUUAUCAGCAAUGAUAUCACUCGAGAAAGAGUGAGAUGCUCUUUUGUGA